CUUGGCUUUCACUUCCUCCCCCCAGCCUCCGCCCCACCUCCCACCCCCAGGACUUUAGUUAAAAGGGUGGCCUUGGGGUGGAGGGACCCUAGGCUGGCAAAAUGGGGGGGCUGCACGGACUGGGGCUAUGCCUGGCUCUGUGCUGCGGCGCCGUAAUUGGAUCUGUGCCCGUCCGGCUCGUGGGUGGCCGGUCCCGAUGCCAUGGGCGUGUGGAGCUGCUGCAGAACGGCGCCUGGGGCUCCAUCUGCGCCUCAGGCUGGGACCGGGCAGCCUCCCGCGUGCUCUGCCGGGAGCUGGGCUGCGGCCGCCCCCGCCUCAUCCCCGCGCCCUGCAGCCCCCCGGCGGCCGACGGGCCCCCGGUGACCCUGCAGUGGGUGCAGUGCUCGGGGCAGGAGCCGGCCCUGGCGCACUGCGUCCUGCAGCCACGGGACGCCCCGUCCUGCCCCUCAGACCGGCUGGCUGCCGUCGACUGUGAGGAGCCAUUUGGGCUGCGGCUGUCCGGGGGCCCUGGGCGGUGUGCGGGGCGGCUGGAGGUGCAGCGCAACGGGAGCUGGGGCACGGUGUGCGACGACGGCUGGAGUGCGGCGAACGCGGCUGUGGUGUGCCAGGAGCUGGGCUGCAGGGAGGUGCCGGAAGAGCUCCUUGGGGACCGGCCACGCUUCGGGCCCGGCACCGGGCGCAUCUGGCUGGAUGACGUGCGGUGCCGGGGCCAGGAGGGGACCCUGCAGGAUUGUGCCCACCGAGCCUGGGGGUACCACGACUGCACCCACGACGAGGAUGUCGGCGUGGUCUGCCAGGACCCCUGAGCACCACGGCUCUGCCCAUGGCCAUCCCUGCUGCCAUCACGUCCUGCAACGCCUCCAGCGGGGGGACCCCAAACCCAAACAGGACCCUGCUCACGGCUGUCUUUGCCCCGACAAAGCCCACCGGUGGGCGUGGGAGCUCCUGCUGCAGCCCCUGAUGCCCCCUGCCCCGUUAUUAAAGGCAGAGCAGCUGUAACACCGAGA